GAAGACUCACAAAAAUUUCAGGAAAAUAAUGUGCUUAGCUGAUUGAUUUUAUAUGAAUCAUUCACUGGGUCUAAAACUGAGCACUGAUUAUAAAUGGUUUAUCUAAUCUCUGUGCAGAAUGCCAGCUUGGGGGGAAAUAUUGGAAAAUAAAUUAUUGAAGGGUUUAUAGGAAAAUGUAUUGGAAAUGUUGGGAGAAGAGCAAGCUACUUGUGAAAAUUGUUGUAACACUUGUUGAAGGAUAUGCAGCAGUGUGGUUGUAGCUGGAAUAUAAUAUUGGGGAUAUGAUAUUUUGUUGCAGUUUUGAACAAUAAUUUAAGAUAAAAGAUGUGUCAAGUAAUAAUUACAUGUCGGUCCAUUUUUUGGACGUUGCUCACCAUAGCAACGACGCAAAUCAUGAUCGCCUCUGUGAUGUCACCUCAAUGGCUUAUUGGCUACGAGCGUAAACCAGGACUGUUGACCUUAAUGGAUAUUGAUAAUAACACAGUCUCCGAUGGCAGUGAGGACAUGUAUCGCCCAACUAUUGGAAUAAUUAACAGAUGUACGAGACUUCAUAAAUUCCAAAAUAUUUUAAAACGGGAAAACUGUGCGACUUUUGUGCGAGAUUUUGGAAUGCCAAAUUCUCAGUUUCCGGAUGCAUGGAAAGGAUCGUUUAUUUUCUUCUGCAUAGGAUCCAUUUUGCUUGUGUACACAAUGGGAGCUUCAGUCAUGAGCAUAUGUGUUCAGUCAAUGUGUGGAAAAAGUAUAUUUAAUGUAUCAGGAUUGAUACAAAGUAUAGCAGGUCUGUUUUGUGUGAUUGGCCUGUUACUGUAUCCUGUUGGUUGGUCCUCAGAAAAAGUGAAGUUUUAUUGUGGAGAUAUGUCGGCAGCCUAUAAUAUGGAUAUGUGCAGCUUAGGCUGGUCAUUCUAUCUGUGUAUCUUUGCUGUAGUCAUGGUAUUUGUGUGUUCAAUAUUAUCAGUUGGUGCUGAGCGAGCCACGUCUAGUCGAAAAGUCGAGGAAGAGGUUAUUGAAGGAAAAGCUCUCAUUUGCGUUAUGGCAUAAGUAAAAGGGAA